UUGGUCAAUAACUCCUCUACUUCCCUAUUCAAGAGGCUAGACUGAAAAACAAAAUGUGAGAGCAAGAAUGUCUAAACUAGUAUGGAUAUUGACUACCGUAUUUAUAUUCUACUAGUAAUACAGCGCGCAGCGACAGUGAUCCACUCUCUGAGGUAUUUCUACACGGCAUCUUCUGGGAUCCCAGACUUCCCUUCAUAUGUGUCUGUUGGGUUGGUGGAUGGUGUUCAGAUCAGUUACUGUGACAGCAACACCAACAGAAACAUUCCUAAACAGGAAUGGAUGAAUGGGUUGUAUUCAGAAAAUCCACGUUACUGGGAUGAGGAGACUGAGACAUGUCUGGAAAAACAGCAAAGCUUCAAAGCAAACAUAGAAAUUGCAAAUCAGAGAUUCAACCAGACUGGAGGAGUUCACGUCUAUCAACAGAUGUACGGCUGUGAGUGGAAUAAUGAGACUGGAGAGGUUAAAGGUUAUGAUCAGUUUGGUUAUGAUGGAGAAGAUUUGAUUGUUCUGGACCUGAGGACACUGACAUGGAUCGCUCCCAAACAACAAGCUUUCAUCAGCAAACGCAAGUGGGAUAAUAAUAGAUAUGUUGCACAGUAUGAGCAGUUCUACUUAACUCAGACGUGUCCUGAGUGGCUGAAGAAGUAUUUAGGCUAUGGGAGGAGAACUCUGAUGAGAACAGAUCUUCCCUCAGUGUCCUUCCUCCAGAAGUCUUCCUCCUCUCCAAUCAGCUGCUUUGCUACAGGUUUCUACCCCAACAGAGCAGAAAUGUUCUGGAGGAAAGAUGGAGCAGAGAUCCAUGAUGGUGUGGAGAAAGGAGAGAUCCUCCCUAACAAUGAUGGAACCUUCCAGAUGACUGUAGACAUAGAUCUGUCCUCUGUUCCACCUGAAGACUGGACCAACUAUGAAUGUGUGUUUCUGCUCUCUGGAGUCAGGAGAGCCAUCAUCAAUAGAGUGGAGAAACCAAGAAUUGUGACCAAUAGACUGAAUACCAAAACUGUCAUCAUCCCCAUCACUGUUGCUUUCCUGGCUUCCCUUGGUCUCAUUGUGAUUGGAUUCCGUUUUUAUAAGAAGAGGAAGAAUGAUGCAAGAGAUGUCCCGGGUUUAAACUCAUCUUUAUCUAGCAACAAUGGCAACAAAUCAGACGAUGGCAACGAAUCAGACGAUGGCUACAAAUCAGACGAUGGCAAAGAUUCAGGCGAUGGCAAAGAUUCAGGCGAUGGCAACGAAUCAGACGAUGGCAACGAAUCAGACGAUGGCAAAGAUUCAGGCGAUGGCAAAGAUUCAGGCGAUGGCAACGAAUCAGACGAUGGCAACGAAUCAGACGAUGGCAAAGAUUCAGGCGAUGGCAACGAAUCAGACGAUGGCAAAGAUUCAGGCGAUGGCAACGAAUCAGACGAUGGCAACGAAUCAGAUGAUGACAACGAGUCAGGUGAUGGCAACAAGUCAGAAGAUAGCCAAGGCAGCGCCUCAUUGAUAAACCCAUUGAUGAACACCUAAAGAAACCACCACCGCUUUAAGUCUCUGCAUCUAAAUAAAACAUCAGUUGUACGUUAUGAAUUAGAUAUUCUUUUCAAUGUAUUUCUGCUGCAAAGGCUGCUGAAUACGCUCUGUUUAUAUAAUUUUUUUCAAUGCAUACUUCAAGUUUGUUAUGAAUGAAAAAUAUUUUUCCAAAAUAUCAGGAAGAACUUGUUCCUGUUUUCCUCCUGCGGGGGGAAAACAGUUUUGUGAUAGACCGUGAGAUGUCUAGGAUGCACCUACCUGAUGUUUGAUUGAGGUUUAUAAUAAGAUUAUAAAACAUACAAAGUCUGAAACGUGUUAUUGUCAAAUGGUUCUCUUUUUUAUUCUUAUAUUAUACUUGUGGUAAAUUUCCAACACAGAACUAUUUUUCAAAACUUUUUCUGAUAGUGAAGUCAAUAUCUAAUUAUUUUUCUAA